AUGCAUUCAGUUAUCGUUCUUUUGGUGGUAUUGUUUGCCCUGAGUGCAAAAGUGACAAGUGAAACUGAGUUUUCGAUUGGAACUAAUUUAAAUAAUUUUACCACCAGAGGUAUUACAACACUACGUCCAAUUGUGGAGCGUGUUUUUUCGCGAAAAAAACGUUUCCUAAUUUUACCAAAAGGUUCCUCGUUUAAAUGUACCAUACAGGUAUCAAAACGUCUGUUGGCACAAUAUCCAAGGGGUUUAAAUUUUAUAUAUGAGGCAGCAACAUACUAUCCUGCGCCGGCUUCACGCGAGGACUUACUUCCGAAGAGGUUUAAAAAACCUACCACACCAAAACCUAAAGGCAAACCACAAAACAUUUUAGUAUGUAUACCUGGUUCAACAGUUUGUUAUAAAGGAAAACCCGCCGCAAAACCAAAACCGUUAGGCGGUAUUCAUUUUAAUAAACCGGUUCCGGUUAAACCACAAGCGGUUAUUUUUAAUAAGCAUAAUAGUUGGGACCAAUACAGCAGCCCAAAUUAUGUACAUAGUUAUAAAUGGGCACCAUCGCAUCAUCAAUAUUAUAGUUGGCAACCGCCAUCACCUUCACCUUCUUGGUCAAGAUGGAGUACACAAUCACCUACAAAAAAGUGGUGGAAAGAUUCUCCUUCUUCAAAGGAUUCAUGGUCAAGAUGGGAUACUCAUUCACCAGCGAAAAAAUGGUGGAACUCUCCAACUUCUGCACCACACUCUUGGUCAAGUUGGAGUACACAAUCACCAGAGAAAAAAUGGUGGAAUUCUGAUGUUAAUAAUAAGUAUGAUAAAUGGAAAACCAAUAAAUGGUCAACUAAUCACAACAGGCGGUGGGAACGUGACAUGGAAUCGAGCGAGUUAGGGAACUUUCAUGAACCAUACAUUGAUGCUGAAACAAGUUUUGACGCCGUUCCUACACAUUUUUCGGAUUUAGAACCGUUUGAGGAUUGGAAACAUUUUCACACUCAUCGUGAUCGUAGACAACUCUUUCAUCAUUUUGAGGGAUUUAGCAAAAUUCUUGGAAUUGACAUGAAGUCCUGCAUCAUGCGCGCAAUAUGUGAUAGUAAGCUGUUGUUGCUACCGCCAGGAUAUUCCAUGAUACAUGAUAUAUUGCGUGUGGUUUUUAAUUUUCCUACCAUAAGCGGUUUAACAGAUGACUACAGUCGUACAAUGCAAUCCGAUUUCGAUACAUGUGACAAAAAUUUACGCGAACUUUGUCCUUUCAACCUUUUGGAAAUGCUUAUGAAACCAGCUAAAGGAAGUUAAAGUUUAACAUUAAAGAAUAUUACAUAUG